UACCUACUCGAGUCAUCACUGCAGGUCCGGACGUGACACGAACACAGACCGUUGAGAAUUAAAAUGUUUCUGGUUCUGUUAGUGUGCGCUGGGCUUUGGCUCGGAGAGGCCUCAGACAGAGAUGAUCUUCAGCGUGAGCUGGAGACGGUGGCGGAUGGUGAACGUCAGUUUCAAAAGGGAAGCAAGUUAGGGGGCAUUCUGGCCCGGGAGCAAGCCCGCUUGAGCAUGAGACUCACCACAGAGUGUAAGGACACGUUCACCUACCGACCGCUAGAUGGCGUCUGUAACAACCUGAAAAAUCAAGGAUGGGGAGCGCCCCUACAAGAGAUGAGGAGGAUCCUCGAUCCAGAAUAUGAUGAUGAUCAUGCUAAACCUCGCGCGUAUGGAAAGGAUGAAAAUCUCCUACCCAGCGCCAGGAAGGUCAGCACGGAGUGCUUUCCCUUUGAUAGCAAGUAUACAGAGGACAAGCCCUUCUCCCAGAUGGUGAUGCAGUGGGGGCAGUUCCUGGACCACGACAUCACGGGCACGCCAGGGACUGGAGGUUCUGACUGCUGUGCGGACAUGGAUGGGGACGGACUACACCCGGACUACGAGACGAACGGUCCCUGUUUCCCAAUUCAAAUACCAGCAGGUGAUCGCAAGUUUGUAAACUGCAUGGGUUUCAGUCGCUCCCUGCCGGCUCGUCCUACUGCAGAGGACUGCCGACGUGAACAACUGAACGUUCUCACCUCCUACAUCGACGCCAGCAACGUCUACGGUAGCUCCAUAGAAGAAAGUUCCAAUCUGCGGACCGGUGCCGGAGGUUUACUGGUUACCUCUGAAGGCAAUAUGCUACCUAUAUCCGACAAAACCUUUUGCGUCAAGAGGGGCGGCCAUUCUUGCUACAAUGCAGGUGAUUUCCGGGUGAAUGUGUUCCCAGGCCUAACAGCCAUGCACACCCUGUGGGUGCGCGAACACAACCGUCUGGCCGCCGGCCUGGCCCGCGUCAACCGUCGCUGGUCGGAUGACAAAUUGUUCCAGGAAGCCAGGAAGAUCGUCAUAGCCUCCAUGCAGCACAUUACAUACGAUAACUGGCUGCGGAAAGUCCUCGGGCCAUUGAUAUACGAAUACUUUGACGUCUUUGGUAACUACAAGUACAACGCAAGCGUCAACCCCGGGAUAUUCAACAGCUUCGCAACAGCAGCCUUUAGAUUUGGUCACUCCCAGAUAGCUGGACACUACGGCGUGAAGCACAAUAAGCAUAUAGACAUACGCCACUUGUUCAUGGACACCUCGUACGUUGCCGACGGACUCGAUGACGUCAUUCUUGGUCUGCUCCGAGGUCGGAGCCAAAAGGCCGACACACACAUCUCUGAAGGUUUAACUGAUCACCUGUUUGAAAACACUGCCACUCCGGGGAAGAGCCUUGACCUUGUAGCGCUGAACAUCCAGAGAGGGCGAGACCACGGUCUUCCGCCGUACAUUGACUUUCUCGUGAAGUGGACAGAGGACAUUAACAAUCACGACUCCAUCAUCGAGAGGCCUGGGGCCCCUCUCUGUUCUCUUGGCCUCUACGAUAGCUUCAACGACGUAGACUUAUUUCUGGGCGGUAUGGAUGAGCCCCAUCUGAAAGACGCUAUGGUUGGACCAACAUUUGGUUACAUAUUAGCUAAACAGUUCUACAACUUGCGGGUCGGAGAUCGAUUCUGGUACGAGACAAAAAACAGAACCCUUGGAUUUAGUGAUGAUCAGUUAGCUGAGAUUCGUAAAGUGAGCUUAGCCCGAGUGAUGUGUGAAAACAGUGGACUCAGAAGAAUUCAAGUAGACGUCUUUAAACUUCCAAGGAGAAAGGGUAACCGCAUGACGGCAUGCCGGAGACUGCCUCAAAUCAAUCUCUCGAAAUGGAAGGAGUGACCUCCACAUAUAUCAAAUACUACUUGUGUUCGUCAAAUACUUAUUAAAAUGUGCGAAGCAAUA